AUGCAGUUGAAUGGUAACCUGCCAAUAAGGAAUCAAUGCGUGCACAAGGUUAUCGUGAAUUACCUGGAAGCGGACUUGUUUUUGUGGGGCUCAUACGGCUAUGGCUUGGACGUGAUUGCUCCCGAACUUCCAGAGAGAGUUCUAGCUCCCCUAGGUGCACAGAAGGCCAACUUGGAUCCAUACAUCAAGGAUCUCUUUAUGCAGUUUGGCCUGCAAGAAGUUAGACAUGUCAGGAAACUCAAAGGCGCAAUCGGUGUAAAGUAUUCAUUUCCUCGCCCUCUCUUAAAUUUAGACAAGUACAACUUUGCGAUGAUAAUGGAUCGGGCUAUUGGAAGGAAAUUGCAUCCACCUUUAGAUCCGUAUUCCAACAGCAUAAACUACCUGCUCUCUGCGUACGUCAUCUCCUACCUUGGCAUGACAACUUACACCGGUGGAAGUGCAGAUGUCCUCGGCAGCACAGACAAACUGGUGAGCGAAAUCCUGACCUCAUCUAGAGAGAGUGUUAAUUUUGCAUUAUGAAUUCUUACUGAAAAUCUAACUGAGGCCCACCUAAUGUCGAGAAAUCUGUUUGACAUUAUCUCUACGUGAAUGUGUCCCAUUGAAUCUAAGAAUGAUCAGGAUGUGUUCAGGUGUCGAUAUCGGUUACUGCAGUGGCAGUCCACGUUGUAUACGUAGGUCUGACCACUUCACAAAUAACUGGUCUGGCUUGUUUAAUAUGAUGCACAAAACACAGUCCAUCUAUUAUCGAUAGAGACCGCUCAAGACGCGUGAAGAAUGAGCAGGUUGUGCCUUACGGCAUCACAGCGGCGGAAUUCACUGCGGCCAUCUCCAAUCUGCGCAACACUCUGAGCCAUGAGUUUGUCGACGAGGGCGUUGUCGUGCCAAAGCAAUU